AUGAAGUCUCGGCAGAAAGGAAAGAAGAAGGGUGGCUCGAAGGAGCGGGUGUUCGGGUGUGACCUGCAGGACCACCUGCAGCACUCGGGCCAGGAGGUGCCCCAGGUGCUGAGGAGCUGUGCAGAGUUUGUGGAGGAGUAUGGAGUGGUGGAUGGGAUCUACCGCCUCUCAGGGGUCUCCUCCAACAUCCAGAAGCUCCGGCAGGAGUUUGAGGCAGAGCGGAAGCCAGACCUGCGGAAAGAUGUUUACCUCCAGGACAUCCACUGUGUGUCCUCCCUGUGCAAGGCCUAUUUCAGAGAACUGCCAGACCCCCUGCUCACUUACCGGCUCUAUGACAAGUUUGCUGAGGCCGUGGCGGUGCAGCUGGAGCCUGAGCGCUUGGUGAAGAUCCUAGAGGUGCUUCGGGAGCUCCCUGUCCCAAACUACAGGACUCUGGAGUUCCUCAUGCGCCACUUGGUGCACAUGGCUUCACUCAGUGCCCAGACCAACAUGCACGCCCGCAACCUGGCCAUCGUGUGGGCCCCCAACCUGCUGAGGUCUAAGGACAUAGAGGCUUCAGGCUUCAACGGGACAGCAGCCUUCAUGGAGGUGCGUGUGCAGUCCAUCGUGGUUGAGUUCAUCCUCACACACGUGGACCGGCUCUUCGGGGGCGCCGCCCUCUCUGGUGGAGAGCUGGAGAGUGGAUGGCGAUCACUUCCAGGGGUCAGGGCGUCAGGUAGCCCCGAAGACCUUAUGCCCAGGUCCCUGCCCUACCACCUGCCUAGCAUCCUGCAGGCUGGCGAUGGACCCCCCCAGAUUCGUCCUUAUCACACUAUCAUUGAGAUUGCAGAGCACAAGAGGAAAGGGUCUUUGAAGGUCAGGAAAUGGAGAUCUAUCUUCAACCUGGGCCGCUCUGGCCAUGAGACCAAGCGUAAAUUCCCACGGGGGGCAGAGGACAGGGAGGACAAAUCUGAUAAGGAGACUCUGCGGCCAGCCAAGAGCAUGGAUUCCCUGAGUGCUGCGGCUGGGGCCAGUGAUGAACCAGAGGGGUUGCUGGCACCCAGCAGUCCCCGGCCAAGCCUGCUGAUGCCUGAGAGCUUAGAGAAUGAGUCUGUGGAGGCAGCAGAGGGUGAACCAGAGCCCGAGGCAGGCACGCCGGGCAACACAAACUCCGAGCCAGGAACACCGCGAGCUGGGCGGUCAGCAAUCCGAGCUGGGAGUGGCAGCCGUGCCGAGCGCUGUGCUGGUGUCCACAUCUCAGACCCGUACAAUGUCAACCUCCCACUACACAUCACCUCUAUCCUCAACGUGCCUCCAAACAUCAUCUCUAACGUCUCCCUGGCCAGGCUUACCCGUGGCCUGGAGUGCCCUGCCCUACAGCCCCGGCCAAGCCCUGCCUCUGGCCCUGGCCCCCCAGGUGAGGACCCAGGUCCAACAGAGGAGAAGUUGGAGGCAAAUCCAGUCCCAGGUGCCCUGGCUGACUCAGGCCCAGCGGGAGCUGCCCCGGCCCUGGAGGACUGUCUGUCCCAGGAGGUGCAGGACUCCUUCUCCUUCCUAGAGGACUCCAGCAGCUCAGAGCCCGAGUGGCUGGGGGCCGAGGAUGGGGAGGUGGCUGAGGCAGGAGCCACAGGAGCAGCCUCCUCCCCUGGGGAGGACGACCCUGGGAUUGGCUAUCUGGAGGAACUCCUGGGAGCUGGGCCUCAGGUGGAGGAGUUCUCUGUGGAGCCGCCCCUGGAUGACCUGUCUCUGGAUGAGGCCCCGUUUGUCCUGGCCCCCAGCUGCUGUUCUCCGCACGCGACUGGCCCCAGGCCCGAGGCAGAGGAGGAAAAUGGGGAAGAUGUCUUCCUGAGUGCCCACGAUGACCUGAGUCCUCUCUUGGGGCCCAGAGCCCUGGCCUGGGAUGGCCUGGGGGGUCUGGAGGAAGAGGCAGCAGGGUGUGGAAGAGAGGAGUCUCCAGAACAGGCUGAGUGGGUGCAGGCGUGCUGGGAAGUUGACGGGGGCAAGGAGGCUGAGCCUGGUGGCAGACGGGACACCAGGGGGGAGGCUGAGGGGAGUGCAGAGAGCAAGGUGCAGGCUGGAGAGGCAGGUGAGGAAGACAGAGCGGCUGGGGGAAGCCAAGAGGUGGUGGUCAGUUUGGGAGAAGGGAGUAGGGAAGAGACAGAGGCCAAGGAAGAGGCGGCCCAAAGUCAGCAGGAGGAUGAGAGUACGGAGGAAGCUAAGGGUGUGGAGAGAGAAGAACAGGGAGAAGACGAGGAGGAGAUAAAGACUGAAAGACAGGGAGAGGCUGCGGAAGGAGAGGAAGCCCAAGCAGAAGCUGGACGGGACGCGGAGCUAGGGGCCCAGGAAAAGCGAGCUGCCGAGGAGAGCAGGGAGGCUGAACCCACACGAGAGGCUGGGGGGGGCCGAGGGGCUGAGGGUGAAGCCAGUGGGUCGAGGGGGAGCCCACACCAAGGCGCAAGAGAAGGGCAAGGAGAGCCUGAGGGCACAAGCGCAGAAGCAGCCGCUGGAGGAGGGGCAGGGCAGGGCGGCAAGGAAGGGGAGAGCGGGGAAGCAGAGGCGGAGGGAGAGCAGAGAGCUGGGGGUGACCACUUAGAACGGGCCUUUCUCCCAGAAGGGUCAUAUGGAGUGUCCUUGGACGAUGAUGAUGCCAGAGAGGGUGAUGACCAGUCCUCUGAGACAGAACAGGGAGUCCCACAGCCACCCAGGCCAGAAGAGAUGGAGCCUGAGGGGCAACCCCGUCUAGAGGGCUGCAGUCUGUGCCCUUGUCCCCUUAGCUCAGCUGGCAGUGUGGGCAUGCGCCUGGCCUCCACCCUGGUUCAGGUCCAACAGGUCCGCUCUGUGCCGGUGGUGCCCCCUAAGCCACAGUUUGCCAAGAUGCCCAGUGCAAUGUGUAGCAAGAUCCACGUGGCACCUGCAAACCCAUGCCUGCGGCCUGGCCGGCUUGAUGGGACUCCUGGGGAAAGGGCUUGGGGGUCCCGAGCCUCCCGCUCUUCUUGGAGGAAUGGGGGCAGUCUUUCCUUUGAUGCUGCUGUGGCCCUGGCCAGGGACCGCCAGAGAACAGAGGCUCAGGGAGUGCGGCGUACCCAGACCUGUACUGGGGGUGAGGACUACAGCCUCACACCCAGAACCUCUCCCUGUAGCAUGAUCCCUGCCCAUUCCCUUCGGCCCCUCAGCUGCCUAGAACUCCCACCUGAAGGCACAGAAGGGUCUGAACCCCGGAGUCGGUUUAGUCUUCCCCCCAGAGAACCCCAGCCCCUUCACCCCCUUAUGUCCCCACAGCGCCGAUCAUAUGCAUUUGAAACACAGGCUAACUCUGGGAAAGGUGAGGGACUAUGAUUAGGACCAGAGCAUUGGGCAAGGGGGAAAGUAAGUUGUCUUCAAUCUCUGGGGUCCCGGACCAGCUGCGUCUCCCGCAGCCUGAGCAGCUGCAGUGCCCAAGUCUAUAGGCUUUGGUCCUCCAGCUUCUCUGUGACAGUGGGAAGCGCUGUCUUGGUUGGUUUAUCUGAACUUGUCUUAGGCACAAAGCACUCAUCCCUUUGGAGAUUCCCAAGAAAGUCACCAAGAGCCUAGGGAGUGAGGUCAUUGGCCAAAGGGAAACAAGAGUAGGCAGAAGCCAUAGCGGCUUCUCGAGGGGACUCCGGCGGAGCUCCUGCUCCUGGAGGCUGUGACCUCCUUGCAGGAGCCCCAGGUGGAGGACAGGUCCGAGCCUGCCACACGCAAGCUUCCGGAGCUGCUGGGCCUCCUGUUCUGGACCUUUGCUUACCUCCUGGCCCUCUCUGCUCCAGACCAGGAAGCCCUGUGGAGACCUCGCUGUGUGUUGGGGGGACUGGCUCCCUCUGCAGCUCCUCCAUCUGCCUCCUGUCACCGUAAGGAAGGGGGUCCCGUACAGAGCUCUCUGGCCUCCUUUCCCUUCGAAACAACUCCUCCUAUUUCAGGGAAGGGG